AAAUGGACUUCAACAAAGCAAUAGAACUCUACACUUUAGCAAUAGAGAAAAAUCCAAAUGUAGCUAUAUACUAUGCAAAUCGGAGUUUUGCAUACCUAAAGACAGAAUGUUUUGGCUAUGCCCUGACGGAUGCAUCUAAAGCAGUAGAACUCGACAAAACCUAUGUAAAGGGAUACUACAGGAGAGCGGCAGCAUAUAUGUCCUUAGGAAAGUUUAAGGAGGCACUGAAAAAUUAUGAAUAUAAAGCUAUAUCCGUAGAAGACAAUAAACGAAACAUAGCAGACAGUAUUAAUUUAGAAGCUAUGACAAUUGAAAAUGAAUAUACGGGCCCUGAGCUUGAAGAUGGGAAAGUUACACUCAAAUUCAUGAAGGAAUUGAUGGAACUGUACAAGAAUCAGGGCAAGCUGCAUCGAAAGUAUGCUUAUAAAGUAAGUAUUUAUACAUCAGAUAUUAAUAAGUUACGUACUCGUAGAGCAUGCAUUGUUACACGCAACAUUACAUACAAGUACAAGUUUAGCGUUUGA